ACCCCCACAGGAAAUUGGCAUUCAUGAAACGAACCAACCCGCUUUUAAUAUCUCUGCAAACUGCAAAAAGGUAGACAUCCAAAGAAAGGUACCGCCCACCUCCACCAUCGCCAUCAUCACUCCCAGCACUAAAAUCCCCCAUCCCCAUCCGCAGUACAACCCUCCGCAUGGCUCCUUAAACUCAAUUCCUCUUCCUCUUCAUCGCACCUUCAUCUCUUGCGAAAUCAUGACUCCAAUGCCAAUGUCGGUGCAAUGGCUCCUUCUCGUUCUUGUCCUAGCGACUUCUCUGCGCUUCGACCCUGUCGUUUGCACCGCAAAGACUACCUUUAUUGUCCAGAUGGAUAGGUCGGCGAUGCCCGGAACGUUCUCCGAUCACCUCGACUGGUACUCGUCGAAAAUUAAGUCGGUGGUCUCCGGCUCCGACCUGCAGGAGAUCCGUGGCGAUGCGGACGAUGAGGAGAGGAUCAUCUACAACUACCGGACGGCUUUUCAUGGAGUCGCGGCUCGGCUGACCGGCGACGAAGCCAAGAAGCUGGAGCAGGAAGAUGGGGUGCUCGCUGUUUUCCCGGAGGAGAAGUACGAGCUGCACACCACGAGGAGUCCCAUGUUCCUCGGCCUCGACCGCGAGGACACCUCCGACGUUUGGUCGCAGAAGAAUUUGGACCAUGACGUCGUGGUGGGAGUCCUGGACACUGGGAUUUGGCCGGAGAGCGAGAGCUUCAACGACACGGGCAUGGCGCCGGUGCCUGCUCGCUGGAAAGGAGCAUGCGAGAUAGGAAAGGCCUUCGAGAAGCGCCACUGCAACCGGAAGAUUGUCGGGGCGAGGAUCUUUUACCGCGGAUACGAAUCUGCCACCGGCAAAAUCGAUGAGCGGACCGAGUACAAGUCGCCGAGGGACCAGGACGGGCACGGCACUCACACCGCGGCCACGGUCGCGGGCUCGCCGGUGCGCGGCGCAAAUCUGCUCGGCUAUGCUUACGGGACGGCACGCGGGAUGGCUCCUGGAGCCAGAGUCGCCGCUUACAAGGUUUGUUGGACUGGAGGGUGCUUCAGCUCCGAUAUUCUAUCGGCAAUUGAUCAAGCCGUGGCGGAUGGAGUCAACAUUCUGUCGAUCUCGCUCGGCGGUGGGGUGUCUCCUUACUACCGUGACAGCUUGGCUAUAGCAGCUUUUGGGGCGAUGGAGAUGGGGGUUCUCGUCUCGUGCUCGGCCGGGAACGGCGGGCCUGACCCGGUGAGCCUUACCAAUGUGUCCCCUUGGAUCACGACCGUCGGGGCGAGCACGAUGGACCGCGAUUUCCCGGCGACAGUGAACCUGGGAGCCGGGAUCUCUGUUACCGGUGCUUCUCUGUAUAAAGGCAGGAGAAACCUGUCCGUGAACAAGCAGUAUCCUCUGGUUUAUCCUGGGACCAAUUCGAGCGGUCCUAAUCCGAGCUCACUGUGCUUGGAAGGAACCCUGAAUCCCCACACCGUCGCCGGCAAAAUCGUGAUCUGUGACCGCGGAAUCAGCCCUCGCGUGCAAAAAGGUCAGGUGGUGAAAGACGCCGGAGGCAUCGGCAUGAUCCUGCAGAACACCGCCGCCAACGGAGAAGAGCUUGUGGCGGACUGCCACCUCCUUCCAGCGGUAGCAGUUGGAGAGAAGGAAGGCAAGGCGAUCAAGCAUUACGUGCUGACGAGCCGGAACGCCACCGCUACUCUGGCGUUCGGCGGAACGAGAUUGGGCGUCCGUCCAUCUCCGGUUGUGGCCGCAUUUUCAUCAAGAGGCCCGAAUUUCCUGUCCCUCGAGAUCCUGAAACCCGACAUGGUGGCACCGGGAGUAAACAUACUCGCAGCAUGGGCUGGCGACAUGGGCCCGUCCAGCUUACCCACGGACCACCGGAAGGUCAAAUUCAACAUCCUGUCGGGCACUUCGAUGUCGUGCCCGCAUGUGAGCGGGGUCGCCGCAUUGCUCAAGGCGAGGCACCCAGAUUGGAGCCCCGCGGCAAUCAAAUCGGCCCUCAUGACCACAGCUUAUGUCCACGACAACACUCGUAAACCUAUCCAGGAUGCGUCCACUGCCACAGCUUCCACUCCUUAUGAUCACGGGGCAGGCCACAUAAACCCAUUGAAGGCCAUCGAUCCGGGCUUGGUCUAUGACAUCCAGCCGCAGGACUACUUCGAGUUCCUCUGCGCGCAAAAGCUAACAUCGACGCAGCUCAAGGUCUUCGCCAAAUACGCAAACCGAUCUUGCCAUCACUCACUCGCCAGAGCCGGGGACCUGAAUUACCCGGCCAUUUCAGUCUUGUUCCCAGAGAAGGCAUCCGUCACUUCCCUGACGGUCCAAAGAACCGUCACCAACGUCGGUCCUCCAGUCUCCAAUUAUCACGUGGUGGUGUCGCCGAUCAAAGGCGUGUCGGUCCGAGUCGAGCCAAGCACCCUGAAGUUCACGCAGAGGCAUCAGAAGCUAACGUACAAGAUGACGUUCACGACGACGGCUCGGCGGAACAGCCCAGAGUUCGGAGGAUUGGUGUGGAAGGAUGGGGUUCACAAGGUGCGGAGCCCCAUCGUGGUCACGUGGCUUUCGCCAGCAUAAGAAGCUCUAGGACUUGUAGCGGAGAGCGUCGGCGGUUUCCUAAUUUGCAAUAAGCAAUCGAUUGUCGAGACUUCAUUUUGUUAUCGCCUAAGUUUCUGUUCACCCUCUUGUGCUGUUUCCUUAACCAGAUCAAUGCGACAACGACUGUGUAUCAAUUAGGUUUUGCAAUGCGAAUCUGAAGUCAAGUGUAGUUUUUCGGUUGAUCCAUGUAGACUUAGUCAGCAUUUUCCAAAUCAAAUUGGGCAUUCGGGGGAAAAUUCUUCUAAUCAGUUUGAAAUCAUGAAUUUUUCUGUGAUUGAUUGGUAACUUUAGUCGAAUUUUUUAGUGAUCUUAUGUAA